UAUUUCCAUUUUGUGCUUCGUUUUAAACUUAGUUUUAUUUCUUAGGGACUGAGUUUCUUAAUUUUAAUGUCAUUUAGUCUAUCAGCUAUUCCUUUUAUGUUUAGUACUUUUUGGGUCUGAUCUUUCUCCACCCUGAAAUCAUAAAGAUAUUCUCCCAUGUAACUUCUGAAAAUUUUAUAGAUUUGUCUUUUAGGUUUAACUCAUCUAGAGUUUGUUAUUGUGUACUCUAUUAGGGAGGUAAGGGUUCAAGUUUAUGGUUUUUUAUUUUCCCAUAUGGCUACAUAUUACACUGUCUUUCUUACUGUGCAGGCAUAAUUUUGUCUAUUUUUUUAUGAUAAGUAUUGAUUCUUGGUAGAGAAAAAUCCUCCUACUUGAUUCCUUUUAAGGAAUUCUCAGCUGUUUCUUUUCUUUUUUUCUUUUUUUUAAGAUUUAUUUAUUUAUUUGAAAGGCAGUUACAGAGAGGCAGAGGCACACAGAGAGGUCUUUCAUCUGCUGGUUCACUUGGGCCUUCUUCUGCUUUCCCAGGCCAUAGCAGAGAGCUGGAUCGGAAGUGGAGCAGCCAGGUCUUGAACUGGCGCCCAUAUGGGAUGCCGGCAGUGUAGGUGGCAGCUUUACCUGCUACGUCACAGUGCCGGACCCUAUGCUUGUUUCUAAAUUCUAUAAGCCAUGUUCCUCUUUUGCCAGCUGGCCAGCUGCCCGUGGGCUCUACCCAGGAGAGCUGUGAAAGGCAGGUUGUAGGACUGAAAGUGGGACACUUUUCCUUCUUGUUUGCUUCUUCUUCCAGUCACCCAGUUAGCAUUCUCUCAGUGUGGCUUCUCACCCUGACAGUAACAUCAGUUGAUUGUACUAGAUGCAGUGGGUUCCAGUUUGCACACUCCCAGAAACAUUUUCCUAGGGCCUCUUAGAUACAUUGUGUCAGCCUGUGCACAGUCCCUCAGUGGAGGCAGUGGUAGCAGCUAAGGAGCUCCAUUAUCCAAACUCUGGGUCCUUUUAGGUGCUAGUUGCUUCCUGCAAUUAUUCUGUGAAAUCGCAAUGUCCACUUGUGACCUUUCGGUUCUCUAAUGCGGAAUAGCAAUUCUUUAUACUAAAUAAAGAUUAUUAUGUUGUUGUAUCUUUCGACACAGAAGUUAAACAAUCAUAACCAUCCUAAUAGAUGCAGGAUUUUAAAAAUGACAUUCAGGGGCCGGUGCUGUGCUGUAGCUGGUAAAGCUGCCACCUGCAGUGCCAGCAUCCCAUGUGGGUGCCAGUUCGAGUCCUGGCUGCUCCACUUCUGAUCCAGCUCUCUGCUAUGGCCAGAGAAAGCAGUGGAAGAUGGCCCAAGUCCUUGGGUCCCUGCACCCGGAAGAAGCUCCUAGCUCCUGGCUUCGGAUUGGCGCAGCUUCAGCCAUUGUGGUCACCUGGGGAGUAAACCAGUGGAUGGAAGAUCCCCCCCCCCCCAUCUCAAAGACAUAAAUAAUUGCAAAAACAAGUUCAUGGAAAGUGGAAUUCAAAGUUGAAUUUAUUGUAAAAGGUUUACACAAUAUGAUCGGUGGAUAACAUGAGUUUCUUUAUACGUUACUUUUUCCCCUUCUUCCUGUUUUGUUGUCCUGAAGGAAAUGGGGUGGGCUGUGGAAUUUUCAUUCUGAAUUUGGCUGAUCGCUUGACCACCAUGCAGCAGUUGGGUUUAGAGCCUUGAGCAGAUUCCAGUUCCUUAUUUUGAGAGGUUUAUUUCAUGGGUGCUGAUGUCUGCUUUUGUCAGGAGUGAUACUCCCAGAGUUGUAAAAUGGUGAUCUUCCAAGUUGAUGACUUGUCCCUCAUUUAUCAUCUGGACAAUCUCUAUGAAGGGAAAUUGCUCCUUACCUUGGAUCUGGCUAGCCAGUGGUAUAGGAGAGUCAGGAUAAAGGCCCGUCUUGGUCCUUUUGGGUUGGUGUGUUAAAAUACUACACACUAGGAGAUUUAUACACAGUGCACGUUUCUUCCUCACAGGCACUCACAUACAGUGUCUGCUGAGGGCACCUUCUUGCUCUGUCCUAGUCACUCUCUAGGUCUCUUUAACAGGGGCACUGAUCUCAUUCCCCUCCAACUCAGCCACUCCCUGCAAAGGCUCCACUUUGAAAUACCAUCACCUCUGAGAUUAGGAUUUCAACAUAUGGAUUUUGUGGGGGAGGGAACACAGGUAUUCAGACCAUAAUGAUGCUUCAUUAUUUUUCUUCAAAUAUUUUAAAACAUCUGUUAUUUUCAUUUUUCUUUGAAGGGGGGGAGCGAGCGAGCAAGAGCGAGAGCGAGUGAGCGAGAGAGAGAGCGUGUGCUUCGACUUACUGGUUCACUCCCCAAAUGUCUGCAAUCAGGCUGGGCCAGGCUGCACCUAGGAGCUCAGAACUCAGUUCUAGUCUACCAUGUAAGUGGCAGGGACCCAAUUCCUUGAGCCAUCCCCUGCUGCCUCCCAGGUGCACGUGAACAGGAAGCUGGAAUUGGAAGCAGAACUGGGGCUCGAACCAAAGCAUUCUGAUGUGGACUGUGGGCAUCCCCAGUGGUGUCUUAACUGCUGUUCCCAGAGCAUGCCCAUUAAAUCUUUUCCUGUACUUGCUAUUUUAAAAAACAGUGAGUUAUUAGCAUCCUUCAAAAGUAAUCAGAGUUUAAAAAUUACAGCUAAGGACUUGUGAAUGUGCGUGGAUGUGGCUUGGUCUGGCUGCGGUCCUCUUGGCUGCAGCUGCUUUCUUGCCCUCUAGGUGGUGCUCACAGUCAUCCCAAACCCUACAGAUAAAGUCAUCAGGAUAGCUGGAUACUUUUAUCUGAUCUUGGAAUGUCUCCUGCCUGACGCCUGGAAUGUUAAUGUUUCUUGAGAAAGUUAAGGUUCUUGGAGACAGCCAGAAUGAUGCCUCUUGUCCCUCUGCUCCUGGUGAGCAUCGUCUUCCCCGGCAUCCAGGCUACACAACUGACGAGGUGUGAGCUGACUGAGAAGCUGAAGGAGCUGGAUGGAUACAGAGAUAUCUCUAUGUCUGAGUGGAUAUGUACCUUAUUUCAUACCAGCGGCCUUGACACAAAGAUUACAGUCAAUAACAAUGGCAGCACAGAAUAUGGAAUCUUCCAGAUCAGCGAUAAGCUGUGGUGUGUGAGCAAACAGAACCCUCAGUCGAAGAACAUCUGUGACACCCCCUGUGAAAAUUUCUUGGAUGAUAACCUUACUGAUGAUGUAAAGUGUGCCAUGAAGAUCCUGGAUAAAGAAGGGAUUGACCACUGGUUGGCACAUAAACCACUCUGCUCUGAGAACCUGGAACAGUGGGUCUGUAAGAAGUGAGCUCCUGCUGUCUUUGCCGCUCCUGCCACCUAUGCUCCUGGAACUCCACUUCCCUAAUGCUACCUCAGUUGGCCUCUUUUCUCCCCUGCCCUCCCCCCAAAGCUGAUUUGUCCCUGAUCCCUGAGCAUUGUAGUGUACCACUGGACUCUUUCGAACUCUUCUCCAAUGAUGUGUGAUUGGUGCACUGGACUUCAGACUACAGCUAAGUGCCCUUGAUGGCAUUCUUACUACAGCAGCAGAUCCCACCUCUGUACUGAAUAAAGGGCCUCAUAUGGA